AUCAUUAUAACCACCAAGAUGGCAUCCAAACCUCAAAGGAAGAGAGUACACUUUAGCUGUUAUGAAUGUCAUAGAAGGAAGCAGAAAUGCAAUAGACAACAGCCUUGUGAUCAAUGUGUAGCCAGACGCAUCCCUCAUCUUUGUCGCCAGUUCAUAGACGGUGUACAUGACCCGUACGAGAACGACGUCGACGUUAAAGCACGCUUAGAUAAACUCACGCGAACUGUCGAGGAUCUCAGUCAUCUAUUGUCUAGCCAUCUCAACCAGCCAAUUCCUAGUACUUCAAAUGAAGUCAUCCCUGAAGAUCAAGGCAGAUUGGACAAAGGUAGAUUCUUCGGUAGUAGUGCAAUGUCCAGCGUAAGUGAAUCUACAUUCAAUGUACCAACUUUCAACAAUAUCGUACAAACACCACCUGACCCCGCCGGUGCAGAAUCAAACAUUGACAAAGUUAAAAGAUUAUUAUCAACUUCUGGUAUUACAAUGUCUGAUCUAGAGAGUGUGAUAACUAAUUUACCAAGAAAGGAAUUACAGGAUGGUUUACUCAGUGUCUAUUUUAACGAAAUUGAUUGGCGCUAUCCCCUCUUUUCCCCGAGGUUUUAUCUAUCAUAUGACAGCCUUCACGAAGCUCUUCCUAGUGGUAUUUACAAUGUUACACCACCUAUGAUUAGGUUUAUUCCACUCUUGUUCAUCACACUUGCUAUAGCUACCCUCACUGCACCCGAUGACCUCGUGGGUGAUGCAAACUCAAGGAAAAAACUUCAUGAAUCACUUUACGGUUCGUCAAGGAGGUCUGCGAACCUAGCAGGCGCGAUGCAAGAUGAUGACCUCGAUAGCGUACUCUGUGGCUUACUUACUGCGAGGUACCUCAUUCUUGUUAGAAGAGCUUCAGAAGGAUUUGUGCCACUCGGCGCUGCUAUACACACCGCCCAGGCACUCGGUCUACAUCGAGAUCCUGCAGCACUCAAAAUCAACGAUGUACUCGAUCAAGAAUUGAGGCGGAAGGUGUGGACGUAUAUUUAUCAUCAAGAUCGUAUGUCAUCACUCCUCUUGGGUAGACCAUUAGCGAUCAACGAUGCCGAUUGUGAUACCAAACCACCAUCAAAUAUAAGCGAUGAGGCUUUGAAUGCCGGAAAGCUUACUAUAGAACCUAUGGAAGUACCAACGAUCAUGUCAUAUACAAUCCUUCGUCAUUCACUUGCUAAACUUAUGGGACAUAUUCAAACAGCUGCAUUCGGGAUUAGACCACCACCAUACCAUGUUAUACUUCAACUCGAUCAAGAAUUAAUACAAUUUAAGGAAUCGCUUCCACCAUGUUUCCAACUCGAUAAUCCAGAUCUUAGGCAUGAUCCAUACUUGACAUACCUCUCAACACAUCGAUACUUCCUUUCUACGGAGUUUUACUUUGUUAGAAUUACUUUACAUCGUCCUUAUUUGAUUUUAGGUAAAUCGCAAUCAACCAAGUAUCAACCUUCAAGAAUAGCAGCAAUAGAAUCAGCUAAAGCAGAUUUAGUUGCAAGGAAGCAAUACCAAGCUAGAGCUGUCACGCGUCCGAAUAAAUUAUCUGCAGGUAGUUACAGAAUAAUGACAAGUUUGAUGAUACUUGGUAUAGCAUUGGUUUUAACACCAACAGGAUCAGAAGCUGAUGAAUUGAGAAAAUUCCUUGAUGAGCAUACUACUGGAGUUGAUGAAGCUACAGUUAGAGAAUUAGCAGUUUUAGAAUUAUUCAAGAGAGGUGCAACUGAGGUUAGUAAUAACGCAAAUUCGAAAAAGAGACGUUAUAGUGAAGCAGCUGUUGAUGAUACUACAACUAAUUCUAUACGACAUGAACCAACUGCAGAACCGGUUAAAACAGAAUUGGAUAAUGAUCCGGCUGCAUCACUCAACCCUUCAUUCCCGCUUGGUGCCCAAAAUUUCCCCUCAAUUGUUCCACCACCAGCUGCUGUACCUCCACAACAACGUGGUCAAGACACAACAGUCGCUUCUAGUAUACCUACGGCCGAAUAUAAUAGAAUGACAGAAGGUAUACACAAUAUUAAUAACACUAAUAAUUCAUCAAAUAAUGAAAUGGAUUUACUUGGUGAACACGCUCAAGCUUUGCUUAACCAAUGGUUAGAUGUUAACUCACUAACGACUACAACUCCACCAGGUGUUGGUAUUUCAGAGGAUAAUGCCAAUGAUCCAGAAAUGGACUUCUGGCAAAAUUUGGUUACAACGCUUUCGUCGAAUUAGAGUGUUUUGUACAUAACGG